AAAAGGGUGGGUACAUGACUUCCGUAUUGCUACAAGACCACGGGGGCCGCAACAGGCCUGUAGCGUAUUUUUCAUCAAAACUUGAUUCAGUGGCGGCAGGCUUGCCUGCCUGCCUCAGAGCUGUGGCUGCUGCAGAGAAAGCAGUGAUGGCCUCUCGAGACAUUGUAGGGUAUUCUGAUCUGACACUGCUGGUACCCCACGCUGUCUCCUUGAUUUUGCUUGAGCAGAAAACCUCUCAUCUCUCAGCUGCAAGGUGGCUGAGAUACAACACCAUUCUGCUAGAGCUCCCAAACAUUACUGUGAAACGAUGUACAGUUCUUAAUCCUGCUACCCUUCUUCCCACAGCUGACGAUGGAGAGGCGCACGACUGUGUUGCUAUCAUUAAUGAAGUUUGCUCCCCCAGAUCUGAUCUGCAGGAAGUGCCACUUCAGAAUGCAGACCUGGAACUGUUUGUGGAUGGCUCAGCAUCAAGGGACCCAGGGACAGGAAAGAACCAAACAGGGUUUGCAGUCACAACAUUACAUGACAUUGUUCUAGCUGAACCUCUCCCCUCAAACUAUUCCGCUCAAGCCGCAGAGCUUGUAGCCUUAACAAAAGCAUGCACAUUGGCAAAGGGGAAGUCUGUCAACAUUUUCACAGACAGUCGUUAUGCCUGGGGAGUUUGUCAUUCAUUUGGCCAAAUUUGGGCAAACAGAAAAUUCCUGACGGCUUCAGGAAAGCCAAUUGCACAUCACACAUUGGUUGCCUCCCUCCUCGAUGCUUUGCUGCUACCAAAACAAAUCGCUGUCUGUAAAUGUGAAGCUCACACUAACAAACCUGACUUCAUUUCACAGGGAAAUGCCAGAGCAGACGCCGCUGCGAAGACAGCAGCUAAGCAGCAACUAACAAAACAAUGUGUUGUUAUCCCUGCCUCACCACUGACACCUUUCGCAGAUUUGCAGGACCUACAAGCGAAAGCCACUCCACAGGAGAAGGCCAACUGGAGACAAGCUGGUUGCGCUGUCAAAGAGAAUGUUUGGUAUGGUCCUAACAACAAACCGUGCUUGCCCAAAUAUCUUUUUCCUCACUAUGCUAAGCUGACACAUGGACGAGAUCAUGUGUCAAAAGGGGGAAUGAUGAGUGAGAUACAAAGAUAUUGGUUCACAAAGGGCUUCUCAGUCUUCUCACAAACUUUUUGCAAAAGGUGUGUGAUCUGUGCCACAAACAAUGCAGGAGGAGGUCUUCGGACGCAACAGGGCGCCCAUCCGCCCCCUGAAAGACCAUUCGAUCAUUUACAAAUGGACUUCAUUGAACUAACACCUAGUGAGGGAAAGAAAUACUGUCUCGUGGUGGUCGACAUGUUUUCUAAGUGGGUGGAAGCUUUCCCUACAUCCAAACAGGAUGCGGCAGCAGUUGCAAAAGCUUUAAUCACAGAAAUCAUUCCACGUUGGGGAAUUCCAGCAAAAAUUUCCAGUGAUAAUGGCACACCGUUUGUAAAUACGGCCCUGAAAAGUGUGGGGAACUACUUAGGUAUUGACCUAAAACAGCACUGCGCCUACCACCCAGCAAGCGGAGGUGCCGUAGAAAGAGAAAAUGGCACCCUGAAAAACAAACUUGCUAAAUGUUGCGAAGAAACAGGUCUGUCAUGGACCAAAGCCUUGCCAACCGUCCUCAUGUAUAUGAGGGCUAGAAUCAGAGCUAAAAACAACCUUAGCCCUUUUGAAAUCUUGUUUGGUCGACCUCUGCACACCGGGAUUGGGCCCGGCAAGAGACAGCUCCCAGGGACAGGUCAGUGUGAGGAUGAAAUGUUGCGUUAUUGUGCAAACCUGUCCUCUGUUCUUUCUGAUAUUCACAAACAGGUCAAGGACGCUCUGCCUGCCCCAGCAGCCCACAAACUGCAUGAUUUGGAGCCAGGGGAUUGGGUCGUAAUUCGGGAUCUCAGGAGAAAGAACUGGAGAGCUCGCAGAUGGAACGGGCCAUUCCAAGUGCUUCUGACCACGGAGACGGCAGUGAAGGUCGCCGAGAGAGCCACCUGGGUUCACGCCAGCCACUGCAAACGGGUUCCAGAGCCAGCGGACGACACCUCACAGAGCGUGCUUCCUCACCAGGGAUGACGCCGACGACAAAGCGACACAGCUGGAGGGG